GCUGCUCAUGCUAUAGCAGACAGCCUGAACUUUCUCAGGUUGCUUGCAGGGGUUAUCUCCCUCCUGUUCCACAAGGAGAACAGAUGGGUUGUCCUUUACCAUUUGCAGUGUCCACCUGCACUUGAUUAGACAGCAGCAGUUUUACAUACCACCACACCACCAGGAUACUAUGAUGACAUAGCAGCUUCAGGCAACAGCGUGACUAGGAUUUUUCCCCCCAAGUCCUUGUAUCAUAGCGGAUCUGGCAGCCAGUUACCUUCUGACACUGUUUAUAGCAUAUAUUGGUCGAUCCAGUCCCUUACUGAAUCUGCUGUGGGAAUUAAAGCAAGCAGCUUCAAGUCAGAAAGAAACAACCCACACUGCAAAGAUGCAUCUGAAUUCUCUUCCUUUCUUCCUUUUCCUGAUCAGUGGCAUCUUCUGUGAUUACGAUUAUGAUGGAUACUAUCCUUCAGAGCAUGAUUAUGGUUAUGCUCACUCAAUGUUCGGGCCAUCAACAGCAGUCUGUGCACCAGAAUGUACUUGCCCUGUAACCUAUCCAUCAGCCAUGUAUUGUGACAAUCUUAAACUGAAGAGUCUCCCAAUUAUUCCUUCUGGAAUUAAAUACCUCUAUGUUCGCAAUAAUAUGCUUGAAGGCAUAGACGAAAAGGCUUUUGAUAAUGUGACAGACCUGGAGUGGCUAAUUCUAGAUAAUAACCAUCUGGAAAGUUCAAAAAUUAAGGGCAAAGUCUUUGCCAAAUUCAAGAAUUUGAAAAAACUCCAUAUAAAUUACAACAACUUAACUGAAGCUGUUGGGCCACUUCCUAGUUCUCUGGAUGACCUGCAGCUUGCUAAUAACAAGAUUACGAAAAUCAACCCCAAUACACUUGAAGGACUAGUAAAUCUGACUAUUAUUCACCUACAGCACAACCAACUAUCUGAAGAUACCCUUUCUGGGGUUUUUAAAGGUUUAAAUUCACUUUUGUACCUUGACUUGAGCUACAAUAAACUUUCUAAGCUUCCUUUGGGAUUGCCCCCUAAUUUACUGAUGCUGUAUUUUGACAAUAAUCACAUUACCAACGUUCCUGAUCACUAUUUCCAAAGUUUUAAAGCACUGCAGUAUUUAGGUUUAUCUCACAAUAAAUUGUCAGAUUCUGGAGUACCAGGGAGCACUUUCAAUGUUUCUACCCUUGUUGAGCUGGAUCUCUCCUAUAAUCAGCUGAAGACCAUUCCAACAGUAAAUGAGCACCUCGAAAACUACUACCUCCAAGUCAACCAGAUUAACAAAUUUCCAGUGAGCAGCUUUUGUAAGGUUGUUGGAGUACUAGCCUAUUCCAGGGUCAGACAUCUCCGUUUGGAUGCAAAUAAUCUCACGAGAGCUGAUCUUCCCCAUGAAAUGUACAACUGUCUCCGAAUGGCUGCUGAAAUCUCCUUGGAGUAAAUUGUGGUUCUUUUUGUCAGAGGCCACCUCAAUUUCCAUACUUUACACCACAGUAACACUUUGAAACUAGAAUGUCACCUUCCAUAAUAUGUAUUACUUUUGUUAAUAAGCAGCAUGAUUUUGGUUACCUUUUUUUGUUUUAAAAAACGCAUAUAUUCCAAUAAAUCUGUGAUGCUAACGUUUUGUAAAGCUGGAAGGUGGACCAUAGACUGUGGACCAAAUGUUUUCAUGUUCAUUUCUUAGACUGUUUUAGGUAAGAUAACAAAGUACAGCCUGAGUUUGAAUUUUUAAAAAGCACUGGUGUAUAUUCAUGAUAAAACACACACCACACUCCUUGUGAGUGUGCAAUUCUACUCAGGUUUACAGAAGUCAGGCAUAUUCUAAUCUAGAUAGAGUAUUUAGUAUGUUGGGGCUGGACCAUAUAUGUACAUUCUUUCUACAUGUUCAAAUCAAAAUUCUCUUCUGUUGAUUUGUUUCACUGUUGCAAUUACAUUACACAGGAAGGCAAUAAUACAUUAUAGCAAUAUACACUGACAACAUGUAUAGGGAAAUAUAUUUUAAUACCCCAGUUAAAUAUGAUCCACAUGAAAGACUGAGAAAACAGCAUCAUUUUUAGGGUUUAUUUAGUUAAUUCAUUUUAUGUUUGUUCAGUGAAAAUGUUGUGGUGUAGUUUGUUGAAAGCUUUUUUAAACAAACAAACAAAAAAACAUCGUUACUUUACAAUGAAACAUGUACACCAUUAUUGUUAUUCAGUUAUUUGCAUGCUAUAUUCAACAUGAUUGUAGAAAAUAAAACAUAGCAAAUGAAAAA